AUGGAGCGGGUGGUCCAAAUCACGCGGGUGCAGGUGGGGCACGUUGUCGGCAGGGGCGGGGCGACAAUCAAGGAGCUCCAAAGCACGACAGGAGCGAGCGUUGAAAUCAUCGACGGCCCGAGCGUCCGUAUCACGGGCGACAGUGAGGAAAAGGUGCUGGCGGCGCUGGAGCGGGUGCAGGCGAUCGUCGCCUGCCAAGAGAACCCCGACUACGAGGGGCCCGUCGGCGCAAAACUCCGCAGGGAGGCGGACGCGUUGGGUGCCAGACGCUCCAAACUGUUUGAUGAGGCGGCGGCAAGGCGCAACGAGGGUGAUGCUCAGGCCGCACAUAAACUUGUGGAGGAGGCGAAGGAAGUUGGAAGGCACAUGGAGGAAAAGAACACGGAGGCAGCGGCGGCAAUCGCGCACUACAACAACGAAGGCAAAGGCAAAGGGGACGACUACUUUGACAUGCACGGCCUGCGAAAGGAGGAGGCUAUGACGAUGCUGCAGUUCCGCGUCCAGCGACUCCGGGCAAAACCCAGCGGAACCGUAACGGAGUUUGAACUGAUCACCGGCGCCGGUCACCACUCUGCGCCUGGGAAGAAGCAAUUACUGAAAGCCGCAACAGUGGCAUACCUCCAGGGAGAGGGUAUUCCAUUCACGGAGUUGUCGGCGGGUUCACUAAUGGCAACUAUCAUCGGUACAGGAGAGGCAGCGGUGGCUGCGCCCACGGCUACAGCGGUGGCUGCAGAUGCGGCUGUGAACAAGAACGAAAAGAAGGCUGCCGCGUCUGCUUCUGUAUCAAAGCUGCAGCAGAAGACGGAAAAGAGAAAGGAGAAAGGCAAGUGUGGCGGUCUCUGCACGAUGAUGUAG